AUGCGCGCUCAAUUUCAGCAUCUUCCAGAGCGGCGAAUUCUUCCUCAAGCCAUAGAACGCACGUUCGAAAUUGAGAGCGUCAGAAGACUUUGGGAGCUCUGGGGCAACGUCGAGGAUGGCAAAUACUACGAGCUCGCUGCUUCGAGCCAGAUCAUGUGGUCUUACCGUUUGUACCGACCGUACAGACACCUGCAAGCCAUGCUCAUAUACCUGAAAGGUAUCACCAGGACCGAUCUGCUCGAAAAGUUCAUCCCCUGCAUUGAACAGCAUGUGGCGAAUGUCAGAGCCCAUAAAAUGAUCUCAGCGCCAGAGCACAACGCCUUAAAGUUUGAGCUUCAGUCUGCGAGGGUGCGGAUGGACCAAAUCGAUGAUGCAUUCGACAUUCUUGCGGAAGCGUACCCAGAUAUGGACGAAUGGGUCGUGUCGGACAACGAGGUGCGUGGCUUCGCCCUGAGAGCCAUUUUGGACAGCCAACAUUGGCAAGAAGCCGCCAAAGUCGAUGUCGACGUGGUGACGAAGGCUGCCAUGUUGUUUUUGGGAAGGCCGUGGAUACGGGACCAACUGUCGAGGAUCAGAUUCCAGGCACUGUUCCCAGGGCCGUUUGUCUGGGGCGAAACUGUCGAGAUAGACGAGAGUCUGCCGGUUGACGAACACGAGGAGUUCGCCAUCGGGCCGCCUGAGCUUGCAGGGAGUGGUCAUGCUGAGGCUCUCGAUGCUGUGCAGGGGGUACAGCAGAUGCCGCCUUCGCCGGACGUUCCGAUGCCUCCUGCUCGCGAGGUACUUUGGCGUCGCGAUAGUCGGGGCGAAUAA